AUGGCAACAAAUGACGGCUGGCAGAAAGAGACGGACUGGAGCACGGUUGAGGCUCUGCACGAGAACCUGAGUGAACAGGAAAUCCUCGACUGGUACAAGACAUUCGGCAACUUCCUCAACGUGGUCGCACACACGGACCCAGCGGCUGGGAAGAGGUUCUUCGAGCUCGAGGACUACACCAUCUGGGACCUCAUGGGAAACCUAAAGCGGGGCAACCUCGGCCCUCAUUACGAUCACAUCACCCCGUACCUCGGCAAGACGAACCAGUCCUUCAAGAAUGUCGAGAUCGUUGCCGUGACCCCAGACUUUGGGUAUAUCACCUCUAUGCAGCGCGUGCAUGGGACCGCAACUGAUGGAAGCCCGUAUGACAUGACCUUCCGUGCCACGAGUCUGGUGAGGAAGGUCGGCGCAGACGGGGAAUGGAAGUUGAUUCACGAGCACUACUCUUUCCCUGUGGAUAUGGCAACCAAGGUGGCGGAUUUCACUAGCUCACAAGCACUCUCCGAGAAUGUGGAGUUUCAGAAAAAGGCAUAG